CUGCGGAUGGUCGCGGGAGGGCCACGUGACGAGGCGGGCGCCAGGCCGGGGGCUGUCCGAGAGGGCUGCGUGGUUGACGCGGUGCGGCUUGCGCCUCAGGGACGCGCCGACGGGCGUUCGCCGGUCGCGUUCUCUCCCUGCGAUACAGCGUCGCCUUAUUUGUACUUGGUGACGCGCGUGGGAAUAAUUGUUGGGGACAAGAAUUUCGGAGCGAAUGCAAUACUCGAAGGAGGGAUGAGCGCCCAUAGGUUGCUAUAACUGGCGAGUGGUCGGAAGUUCUCAUUUUUUCCUCACAAGCUUUUAAACCAGGAGUCUGGCUAUUCAUUACCAAGAAGCUAUUAGCUUUAGAUUGGGGAAUUCCUUUACAUAAAAAAUUAGAAUGAAAGAACCUUUGGAUGGUGAAUGUGGCAAAGCAAUGGCACCACUUCCGGACAAAAUUAAAGAAGAACCUGACAAUGCUCAAGAGUAUGGACAUGCCUCAAAGCCAAAAACUCAAGAAAGCGAACUGAAAAUUAGUGCUGUAUUUUCAGUCAGUGAUGGUUCUCUUGCCCAACAAUUGACACCAGGCUUUCAGUUUUCUCUUCCAUCAUCUGGCCCAAAUGUAUUGCUUCCUUCAGUUCCAGCUAUAGCUAUUCAGGUUUUUUGUUCUGGUUGUAAAAAAAUGCUUUGUGAGGGGCAAACUGCAUAUCAUAAGACAGGAUCUACUCAGCUCUUUUGCUCCACACGAUGCAUCACUGGAUAUUCUUCACCUGUCUGUCUACUACCACCGCCUCCCAAGAAAACCUGCACAAACUGCUUGAAAGACAUUUUAAAUCCAAAGGGGGUGAUCACAAUCCGAUUUGAAAAUUCUUCUCCCAGCAAAGAUUUCUGCAGCCAAUCAUGCCUUUCUUCCUAUGAGUUAAAGAAAAAACCUGUUGUUACCAUAUAUACCAAUAGCAUUUCAGCUAAGUGCAGUCUGUGUCAGAAGAAUGCUGAUAUUCGAUUUGAAGUUAAAUUUCAAAAUGUGUUACAUGGUCUUUGUAGUGAUGCCUGUUUUUCAAAAUUUCACUCUACUAACAACCUCACCAUGAACUGUUGUGAGAACUGUGGGAGCUAUUGCUGUAGCAGCUCUGGUCCUUGCCAGUCCCAGAAGGUUUUUAGCUCCACAAGUGUCACAGCAUAUAAGCAGAAUUCAGCCCAAAUGCCUCCAUUUGCCUUGGGGAAAUCAUUGAGGCCCUCAGCUGAAAUGAUUGAGACUACGAAUGACUCAGGAAAAACAGAGCUUUUCUGCUCUGUUAAUUGUUUAUCUGCUUACAGAGUUAAGAUGGUUAGUUCUUCAGGUGUCCAGGUUUCAUGUCAUAGUUGUAAAACCUCAGUGAUUCCUCAGUAUCACCUAGCCGUGUCCAGUGGGACUAUUUACAGCUUCUGCAGCCCCCGUUGUGUAGUGGCUUUCCAGAAUGUAUUUAACAAGCCAAAAGGAAUAAACUCUUCAGUGGUGCCCCUGUCUCAGGGCCAGGUGGUUGUAAGCCCACCCUGCGGGUCAGCAGUGUCAGUGGGAGGAGGUAACCCCUGUGCUGCUUUCCCCAGCUGCACCAGGGGCUCUGCUGCGGCCAGUCUCCAGUCUCUUGCUGCCCAAUCCCAGAAGGCUAAUUUAACCCAUACAGUUGUUAAACUCAGGUGUCAGCACUGCAGCCAUCUGUUUGCCACAAAACCAGAACUUCUUUUCUACAAGGGUAAAAUGUUUCUGUUUUGUGGCAAGACUUGCUCUGAUGAAUACAAAAAGAAAAAUAAAGUUAUGGCAAUGUGUCACUACUGUAAGCUGCAGAAAAUUAUCAAGGAGACUGUCCGAUUCUCGGGGGUUGACAAGCCAUUCUGUAGUGAAGUUUGCAAAUUCCUUUCUGCCCGUGACUUUGGAGAACGAUGGGGAAACUAUUGUAAGAUGUGCAGUUAUUGUUCACAGACAUCCCCUAACUUGGUGGAAAAUCGAUUCGAGGGCAAGUUAGAAGAGUUUUGUUGUGAUGACUGCAUGUCCAAAUUUAUAGUUCUGUUUAAUCAGAUGGCCAAAUGUGAUGGUUGUAAACGACAGGGUAAGUUAAGUGAGUCCAUAAAAUGGCAAGGAAACAUCAAACGUUUCUGUAACCUGCUUUGUGUCUUGGAGUUUUGUGAUCAGGAAGUUAUGAAUGACCCUCUUUCACAAAAUAAAGGAAAUAUUUCUAAGGCGCACACUGCUUCAGUGAAAUUUCCCUCUUCAAGGACAAACACAACUCCAGUUAUAACCAAUGUGGUUUCAUUGGCAAAAAUACCUCCUGCCCAGCCCAGGGCGAGCACUGAUGGUGUCUUAAAAGGUGCAGUUAUUAAAGAGGCAGCAAAGAUCAUUGAAAGUAGAGAUGCCAUGAAACUUCUAUCCUCCCAGUCUUCCAGGAUUUUAAAGAACAAGGCAUUAUUGUGCAAGCCUGUCACACAGACCAAGGCCACUUCUUGCAAACCACAUACACUGCACAAGGAAUGUCAGACAGAUUUAACUAUGCUUACUGAGACAAAUGAUGCGGAACUUGAUUCUCCACCUGCAAAGAAAAAAAGAAUAGGUUUUUUCCAGACCUAUGAUGAGGAAUAUUUAAAAGUUGGUUUUAUUAUCUGUCCAGAAUCAAAAGAAAGUUCACCAAGGCCACAGUGUGUCAUUUGUGGAGAAAUCUUACCCACUGAAAGCAUGAAGCCAGCAAAUCUUUUUCAUCAUUUGAAGACAAAACAUUCAGAAUUAGAAAAUAAGCCAGUCCAUUUUUUUGAGCAAAAAUCUCUUGAAAUGGAAUGUAAAAAUGGUUCUUUUAGAAAGUGUUUACUAGUUGAAAAGUCACUUGUGAAAGCUUCAUAUUUAGUUGCUUUACAAAUUGCUGUUAGUAGGAAGCCAUUCUCCAUUGCUGAAGAAUUAAUUAAACCAUAUUUAGUAGAAAUGUGUUCAGAGGUUUUGGGUUCAAGUGCUGGAGACAAAAUGAAAACCAUUCCUCUUUCCAAUAAUAUGAUUGGACACAGGAUUGAUGAACUUUCUGCAGACAUUGAAGAUCAGCUGAUUCAAAAAGUCAGAGAGUCAAAGUGGUUUGCCCUUCAGAUAGAUGAGUUAUCAGAAAUUUCAAAUAUCACCCUUCUUUUGUGCUAUAUUCGUUUCAUUGAUUAUGAUUGUAGUGAUAUAAAAGAAGAAUUAUUAUGUUGCAUCGAAAUGCCUUCUCAAAUAACUGGUUUUGAAAUUUUUGAACUAAUAAAUAAAUAUAUUGAUAGUAAAUCUCUGAAUUGGAAACAUUGUGUUGGUCUCUGUACAGAUGGAGCUGCAAGCAUGACUGGCAGGUGUUCUGGUUUAAGGGCAAAAAUUCAAGAUAUUGCCACAAAUAGAGUGGCAUUUACAUAUUGUUGUAUUCACCGUGAACAUCUAGCAGCAGAAAAUCUGUCUCCGUGCUUACAUGAAAUUCUUUUUCAGUCAGCCCAAAUUUUAAGUUUUAUAAAGAGCAAUGCAUUGAAUUCACGUAUGUUAACAAUUUUGUGUGAAGAAAUGGGGUCUGAGCAUGUGAAUUUACCACUUCAUGCUGAAGUACAUUUGAUAUCAAGAGGGAGAAUUUUAACAAGAUUAUUUGAAUUACGACAUGAAAUUAAAAUUUUUUUACAUCAAAAGCAUUCAGAUUUGGCCAAGUAUUUUCUUGAUGAGGAAUGGGUUGCAAAGCUGGCCUAUUUAUCAGAUAUUUUUUCACUUGUAAAUGAACUAAACUUAAGUCUCCAAGGAACUAUGACUACACUCUUCAAUUUGUAUAAUAAAAUGGAUAUAUUUAAGGAAAAGUUAAAAAUGUGGUUGAAGCACAUACAGGAGAAUAAUUAUGACAUGUUCCCAUCGUUUUCCGAAUUCUCAAACUCAUCAGACUUAAAUAUAAGAAGCAUUGCAAACAUUAUUUUUGAACACCUGGACGGACUUUCUCAAAUGUUCAAUGAUUGUUAUCCACCAGAAGAUGACUUGCUUUCAGGAAAUUUGUGGGUAACUAAUCCGUUUAUGAAUCACCAAAAUAGUAAUCUCACAGACUUGGAAGAAGAAAAACUAGCACAGUUAUCGUCAGAUUUAGAAUUACAGUUAGUAUUUAAAUCAAUGUCUGUAACUCAGUUUUGGAUAAAAGCAAAGGCAGGUUACCCAGAACUCCAUGAAAAGGCAAUGAAGCUUUUACUACCUUUUGCAACCAUCUAUUUAUGUGAUGCUACGUUUUCAGCUUUGACCGAGUCAAAACGAAGAAAUCUGUUGGUUUCUGGCCCUGCCCUAAGACUUGCAGUCACAUCUCUAAUUCCAAGGAUAGAAAAAUUGGUAAAGGAGAAAGAGUAGUAACACACAUAUUGCUUAUAGUCAAAAUCUGUUAAUUUUGUGUUAAAUUUUGUGUAAGCAUCCUGAAAUAUAGUUUCCUAAUGUGGAGAUGUGUUCUCAGUGAUUAAAUAAGUGUUCUAAUAAUUUUUCUUUUUGUUGA